AUGUCCCACUCUAGGCCUUGCUCUUUAGUGGAGCCCUCGCUUAGUUUCGAUGUUAACAAGACGUCUGACGUUUUCUUGAGCUUUCGCGGCCCAGACACCCGCCAAGGGUUUGUGAGAAGACUGUACAGUGCUCUUGAUCGUGAAGGCAUUAGCACAUUCUUAGACGAAGAAAGCUUAGAGAAGGGCGACCAUAUCCCUUCUUGUUUGGAAAGAGGAAUCCAGGAAAGUAGGAUCUGCAUUCCUAUUUUCUCCAAAAGAUUUCCGAAGUCAAAAUGGUGCUUGCAAGAGGUGUUGCUUAUGGUUAAAUAUGGGCUUAAAAUCUGUCCCCUGUUUUAUGACGUUUUACCUAAGGAUCUUAGGUGCUGGAAUGGAAGUGAAUAUGCAGAGUACUUCAAGCAGCAUGAAAGCCAGCAAAGAUUAUCCUCCGAGUUAAUCCUUGAAUACAAAAGUGCAUUAAAGAAUGUUUCCGAUCUACAUGGUUGGUGUUCCAAUCAAUUAAACAACGGGGAUGAUGAUUUGCUGAUUCAACGUGUUGUGGCCGAUGUUAAAAAAAGCUUACAUUCAAACAAAAUGUAUCUGGAUGUUUCAGAAUGCUUUGGUUUGGACGGGUCCGUGAAUAAUCUCAAGAGAUUAUGA